UUUUCCUGCUGAAAGAUGUCAAAGACCAGACCAAAGUACCUAACAAUGUCAAAUACAGAUGUGAUGCCCCAAUGAUCGCCAGUGCUGGAAAUCAGCAGCGAGACUCAAUUGUUGGAUCUGGGUACAGUAAGAAAUGGGUGACUGGAGUUUCUUGGGGAACAUUUUAGAGCAGGUGAACGAGCAGUCCACUGUCAUCGGGAGAGUUUGGCUCACAGUGCUCUUCAUUUUCCGCAUCCUGAUCCUGGGAACAGCUGCUGAACUAGUAUGGGGAGAUGAACAGUCAGACUUUGUGUGCAACACCCAGCAACCUGGUUGUGAGAACGUCUGCUAUGAUGAGGCCUUCCCCAUCUCCCACAUCCGGCUCUGGGUCCUACAGAUCAUUUUUGUAUCCACACCUUCGCUAGUGUACUUUGGGCAUGCGGUGCACCACGUCCGCAUGGAGGAGAAGAGAAAAGAGAGGGAGGAAGCUGAGAGGCGUCAGCAAGCUGAGGUGGAUGAAGAGAAGCUGCCCCUAGCUCCAAAUCAAAAUAAGGGCAACAACCCAGAUGGGACCAAGAAGUUUCGCCUGGAGGGGACUCUCCUGAGAACCUACAUCUUCCACAUCAUUUUCAAAACUCUCUUUGAAGUGGGAUUCAUAGUUGGCCAAUAUUUCCUGUACGGCUUCCGCAUUCUCCCCCUUUACCGCUGUGGGCGGUGGCCCUGUCCCAAUCUAGUGGACUGUUUUGUCUCCAGGCCUACAGAGAAGACUAUCUUUAUUAUGUUCAUGCUCGUGGUGGCUUCUGUGUCCCUCUUCCUCAACCUGGUGGAGAUCAGUCACUUGAUCCUGAAAAGGAUCCGGAAGGCUCUGAGAAGACCAGCAGAGGAGCAAAUGGGAGAGGUGCCAGAGAAGCCCCUCCAUGCUAUUGCAGUGUCCUCCAUCCCGAAGGCCAAAGGUUACAAGCUGCUAGAAGAAGAAAAGCCAGUAUCUCACUAUUUCCCUCUCACGGAAGUAGGGGUUGAGCCCAGUCCCCUUCCAUCGGCCUUCAAUGAGUUUGAGGAGAAGAUUGGAAUGGGGCCAUUGGAAGAUCUCUCCAGGGCAUUUGAUGAGAGGUUGCCAUCGUAUGCACAAGCAAAGGAACCGGAAGAGGAGAAGGUAAGAGCAGAGGAGGAAGAGGAACAAGAGGAGCAGCCAGCACCUCAGGAAGAGCCAGGGGUGAAGAAAGCAGAGGAGGAGGUGGUGAGCGAUGAAGUGGAAGGGCCUUCAGCACCUGCUGAACUUGCCACUGAUGUGAGAUCCCUCAGCAGGCUAAGUAAAGCCAGCAGCCGGGCCAGGUCAGACGAUUUGACUGUAUGAGGAUGCAGGAUAUGAGGAGCAUAUGAAAAGAAGAAAAAGAAAAGGAGAGAGAAAGAAUCAGAAGAAUUUUAAGCAAAGUGCUAAAACGAUCAUUUAAGUAUUACUUCAUCUUGAGAUUCUCAACUGGAAAGGUACUAUUGUGGUAACUGUGCCUUAUUUGCCCUAUAUGUCCAUUUGAAAAGGAACAUUUUUCGUUUCCACAUGCCAGCUCAUUUCUUACAGUAAUAUCUACAUUGUCCACAUAACUGAUGUGUUUUAAAACAUAAUAUGACAGUGAAACCCAAAUGUCACCACUGUGAAUGUACUUACUGGAAGCUUUGUGUUCCACAUUUCCUUAGGAAUGUGGGGAGGAUCUGUCUCAUGAGCCAUCUAAGAGGAAGGCUAAUAAACAACCGUAUCUAGUAUUUCUUUUUCUGUUUUCACCUAUGGCAUGCUGAGCAGAUCUCCCCUUCGCUGUUGACAUGGAUUUGCAGUUAUUUAACUCACAAAGUGAAUUCUGUGUUUGGCAUUGACACCAAAACAGUAAGCACUAUUUCCCCUCUUUAUUGAGAAAGCAAAGACCAAAAAUAUCUAUGAUUUCUUUGUGAAUGUAAAUUUGAGUUAGGUAAAAAUAUUUUAUUUUCCCUUUGUCAAAAAUAUUUUUGCUCUUUUAGUGACAUUGACAGUGGGCAAGGUUAACUCUAGCUGUCUUCUAGGACUUAGCAGAUGCUCACAGAUGGAUUAUUUGUUCCCAAGAGAGUUAUCCAGCUCCAAGCUGAGCACUUCAGAGCACUGGAAAGAAAAAAAUCAAGUUAUAUUUUUUACUUUUAAUCCAGUGAUGUAAAGAUCUGAAACUCAAUUUAGCAAAGCAAGUGUGGAAGGGUUUCUGUGAAAGAAGGAACAGCUACAGUUCCCAGAGCAUGAAACCAAACACAAGCCUUCACAGCAUGAUCCUGACAUGUGCUCAGUUCCUGGAGCCCCAAGACUUACAGGCACUCAGCAAAUCUCAGGUACAGCACCCUGAAGGCACCUGUGAAUCUAAACCACAGUUAACUAUGUGACUCUGAAACAAAACUGGUUGUUCAAGUUUGAAAAGUCUGAAAUGAUAAUUCUGACAUGUUUUGUUUUUAAUUUGACAGACGGGAGCCAUCCAGUGGCUUACUUCGCUAUUAAAUGCCAAAGUCUCAAAUAAAACAAGGCCUUUCAAGAGAUCUUUUAGAAUAGGAGAUAAAGAUAUCAUCUUAGCUUAUAUCUUUUAGAUCUUUUGUGCCAACAGGUCUGUGCAGAACUCUCAUAGCCUCAGUAAAUCUUUUUAGUUACAAAAGGAAAAAAAGAUAUGCUUGUUUAAAUGUCUGUGGAUUUCUACCUUCAGGACUGCAACAGCGCCUUUGGGCUGGGACAGUGCAGCUAUGCAUUUAAAGCUUCACGUUAACGGCUAUGUCCCCUCUAAAACUGAGCCUCGUGUCAGAAAAGUGCAGGUAUGCACUCUCAUCUGCUCUGCUCUGCAAACCUCAGACCCUGCCAGCUCAGCGAAUUCCUUCUGCUGGGCUGCAGCCCGUUCCAUUGUUCCCAGGGCAGGCUUUAAUCCAGAUCAGGAAAAAAAGCAGUCUUUGACAUAAUGCAUAUAACUCAUCCUGCCAUUAGUUAGAAAAGACCCCCUGCCAUCUUCCAUUGUAGCAGGGCUGACCCAAAGCCCAUUGAAGUUAGCUGGGUGUCUGAGAUAGAUGUCCUAGGCUUGGGCUCAUACCCUCAGUCCUGUCGUCCUACACCCCAGCCCAGGCAACCACAGGUACACUCAGCUCUGUCACUGAUUAACCUGCUUGGUGGACUUCAUGUGCCUUGUUUUGCAGCCUUCGUGGUCUGGCACAAAGUUGGCUGGACUUCACUGAUGCGUGAAGUAAGCUGUACAUAUGUAUAAAGUUUGUAGGGUGUGUUGGGAUUCUUCAGCACCACAGCGGUGCCACUU